GCAAAUUAUGAAAUAUCUCAAAUCUGGACCGAUUUACGUGCCUGAUGAGUAUGAAGCACUAAUUCGAACAGCAAAAGAAAGUGGUUCCCCUUAUAGAGUUCACCAGCUUACCUUUGAAAAUUUCUAUGAUUUAAAAGCGUUACAAGAACAGUGGCAAAAAAACUUUACGACAGAUACUGAAAAAAAGUUAGCUGCAAUGACAUUAAAAUACUUGUCUUAGUUCAAGCUUAUUCUCAUAAGUUUCAAUUGAGUGACUUAAAAAACAGCACUUACAGGAACUAGCUGAUAAGGGAACAAUUGAAAAAAUAUUACGACUGUUUA